AUGACUCCUCCGCUUUUCCUCUUGCUUGGGUUGGCUUUACUCGCAGGGAAUCAAGCGCUUCCACUCGGGAAGGAGGGCCAAAGAGAAGAUGUGGUGACAAGAUGUUUGGUGGAGGUUCUGUCCAAAGCUCUCUCCCAGCCGGACACACAAAUGGACAAAGAGUGCAAGGAGAUUCUCCGAGCAGGGAUUAAACAUGCGCCGCCAGACAAGAAGAGCAACGAUGUCACCGAUGAAGAGCCCGUCAAAGAUCAUGAAAAGCCUGAGGCCGAGGGCUUGGGUGCACAAGACAUCCAAGAACUUCUGAAGUCAGUGGAACCCAACCAGGAGACCUUGAAGGAUGAACACAAUCAGGAAUCAUGGAGUCUGGAGAAGAGACACCAGGAAAACCAUGGCCAAGAAGAGGAGCAGGAACGGGAGAAGAGAAGCAACUGGAGACCAGGAAGAUUCCACCAGAAGAACCACAAACGCGACGAGGAAUCUUUGGGAGGAGAGUCCAAAGAGGAUGGGGGUGAAGAACGCAGUCAGGAAUCCUGGGCAGAUGAUGAACGCAGCCAGGAGUCUUGGGGUCUCAACGACGACAGGGACAAGAGGAAAUGGAGGGUCGGGAGAUACCAUCAGAGGAGACACAAGAGGGAUGAAGAACUCUCAGAGGACCCGGAUGAAGAACGCAAGGAUCCUGAUGAGGAACGUAGCCAAGAAUCUUGGGAUUUUGAUAUUGACAGAUACAAGAGACACUGGAGACCAGGAAGAUACCAUCAGAGGAGACACAAACGUGAUGAGGAACUCUCAGAGGAAGCCAGAGAGGAACCAGAUGAUGAACGCAGCCAGGAGUCUUGGGAUCUUGACGAUGAGAGGGACAAGAGGAAAUGGAGGGCCGGGAGAUACCAUCAGAGAAGACACAAGCGGGACGAGGAACUCUCAGAGGACCCGGAUGAGGAACGUAGUCAGGAAUCUUGGGAUUUUGACACCGGCAGAUACAAGAGGGACUGGAGACCAGGUAGAUUUCACCAGAGGAGACACAAGAGAGAUGAGGAACUUUCAGAGGAUCCUGAUGAGGAACGUAGCCAAGAAUCUUGGGAUUUUGAUAUUGACAGAUACAAGAGACACUGGAGACCAGGAAGAUACCAUCAGAGGAGACACAAACGUGACGAGGAACUCUCAGAGGAUCCGGAUGAGGAACGUAGCCAAGAAUACUGGGAUUUUGACACAGACAGAUACAAAAGGGAGUGGAGACCAGGAAGAUACCACCAGAGGAGACAGAAGCGGGAUGAGGAACUCCCAGAGGAAGCCAGAGAGGAACAAGAUGAGGACCGUAGCCAGGAAUCAUGGAACUUUGACAUUGGGAGGGAAAAGAAGACCUGGAAGCCUGGGAGAUAUCUCCAAGAGAAGUCUAAGCGUGAUGAGGAACUCUCUGAGGAGAAGAGGGAAGAAUCGGACGGAGACCGUAGUCAGGAGUACUGGAGCUUUGACAAGAGACACAACAAUGAUGACAUAGACUUUGAAAAGCGCAUCUGGAAACAGUCACAUCCGCAAAAUCACCAGAUAUACCGCAAGCCUGGAGGGGAGGAGUUGUCUGAAGAUGAAGACCUGAGGGAUGAUUCUGACAAUUUGGAGGGGAGGAAUGAAGCUCUGAGAUAUCUGACUGACAAGCGAAACCCAUGGAUCUACAGAGGCUACUACCACCCUGCCUGGUUUAAAAGGGACCCAGAGGACCAUGCUGCUCCAAAUAAGAUGGAUGAGGCGGCCAAGCUGCUGAGUCAAAAGAUCGACCAGCUCGCCCACCGGGAGGCAGCAGAGGGAGCCAUGCACCCGAGGGGGCUCACUCCGCACGAGGAGAAAGCACUGGAAAACCUGGCGGCAAUGGAUGCGGAGAUGAAGAACAUCGCUGCCAAAUUGCAGGAUAAAGAAUAAGCUUUGCUUUUGAUGUUUAAAUGGGGGGGGGGGGCACUGUUCAUCAUGUCUGCCAAAUAAAUCUGCGUUAAAAAAAUAAUUUUAAAUCACAACCAUGGAGCCUUGCUUUAAAAAAACGGAAAAAAAAAAACGUGACUGUUAUUAUUGUAUUUGUGCUAUUUUGAUGUGACAUGAACGUGAGCAUGAGAAUGUUUUUUUGAUGUUUACACAUAGAGAUGCUCCAAUAUUGACUGAUGUCAUUUGUCUUUUCAAGUGUUCGUGCUAAAUAAAAGUUAUUCUGGGACCAAACACACUCUCUUUGUCCAGUAAGUUCAACACAUUUCCCCACUAAAAUAAUUACAGUUCCAUUAUAUUGUUGGACCCAACCAGAAUGGAGCAUU